UCUUAUCUCAUCUAAGCCUCCUGCAAUGCACACUCUCCGCCAUCCCGACCUCCAGUUCACCAUAGGGAGCGGUGGGAGUUCUAGUUAGGUUGAGGGGGACACUUCAAGCUCUCUGCAGGAAACGUCUAUAGAAGUACAUGUGGAAUCAGCCAGAGCUUCGUACCAGUCAGUCAGUGCUUUGAGGUCAGCAACUUUACGAGGGUCGAGGAGAAUCUAUGCCAUCACCUUCACCGUGCCCGGCGGGAACAGACCCGGUAUUCUCUAGCAAUCUGCUGCCUGCUAGUGGUGACAACCUCCCAUUUCAAUGUCCUCCCUUGUCUGUCGCCAAACCAAUCCUUGAACCCCCUGGUCGGUUGGAUUCACGAACGAUGUCCCGGCUACUCCUGGCAGAGAGCGCCUGCGCCAUCAGUGCAGCCUUUCUUGUUGCUCCGUUUAUUUCGAUAAUAGAUAAAUCUAUUUUUGCUAAUGCAAGUGGAAGGGAACCUCUCGUGCGAGGUAUCGUUUCGGGAUUCAAAAGCCUGUUUCUGCAUCCGACGCAAUUCCUCAGACAGAUGCCAUUUAUCCUCGUAUGGGGAGUUUAUUCGUCCACAUACUGUGUUGCCAACGUUGUGGAAUGUCUUUGUGAGCAUCGAUGGAAUAUCGAUUGGUUCUUUCCAAAGUUUCUGGCAGCAUCCACAACAAAUGUCGUAUCUUCGGUUCUUAAGGAUAUGUACUUUACUCGAUUGUUUGCGUCUCAUACCGCACAAAACCGCCGUGUGCCAUGGUCGAGCAACCUUUUAUAUACCGCCAGAGACAGUCUGACUAUCUACGCCUCGUUCAAUCUUCCGUCCAUUGUGUCCCAGCGAUUGCAAUUACAAGUGGGAGUAGGCAAGGUGACAGCGGACACCCUCUCUCAAUUAGUCACUCCGUGUGCUGUCCAGUUUGUGAGCUGUCCUAUGCACCUUCUUGGCAUGGAUCUUUACAAUAGACCAACGGGAACAGCUACCUUAAUUUCGCGAUUGAAUUUUAUUAAAAGAGAGUAUUUGGGAACUGCUCUGGCGCGCGUGGGUAGAAUAUUUCCGGCCUACGGCAUAGGUGGUGUCGCCAACAGAGCGUUACGCGAGAGAGGCAGGAAAUGGGCGUUAGCGGUUCAUGGAUAACACCAUUUUUAUGGAAGCAUCCCAUAUUUAGUUGGAUGGACGUGUUAUAGACUGAAUACUAGAAUUACUGAAACGAUGCUCGUUCCGGUAUAAAAUAUUUUGCUUGCGUGCAGCUCAG